AUGGUGUCACCCCAGCUGCUUCUGUCUGGGACCCCACAUACCCGCUCCCCAUUGGCUGAAGCGUGUCAAAGGGGGCGGGUCUUGGCUCUAUUUUUAACCCCUCCAUAUCAGAACAGCUGUCCCCACAUCUCGGCUGUCACCUCGCCGUCAACCAAUCGAUUUUCAGCUCGUUCCAUUAAAACUGAGAACGAGCCAGCACCCAAAAGUCCAGAGAAUGAGGCAGCGCUGAGUCGAGCCAAGUCUGUCCCCGCGUUGGACCCUGGACGUGGUUUAUUCAGAGGCAAGAGUCCAUCUCCAGACCCCUCUCCACUAGCCACCACAAGAGUGCGCAGUCCGUCACCCAAAUCACGCACUCCUGUUAAAGUUCCCGAAAGAUUUAAGAGCCCAGAACCACCACAGUCGUCCACAAGGAAUCCAGAAAGAGUUCGAAGUCCGCAUCUGGCAGAUCCAGUACAUAAUGGCUCCGCAAGCGAAACCAACGGUACAUUGAACGGCAAUGACGACAUGGAGUAUUCCGAUGACCAAAACUCAACCCGAAAGAAGGUUGUGAAAGUCGUGCGACGCGUUGUACGAAAAGUCUUGCCUUCCGACGAGGAUGAGUACCAGAAACCGCAAGAAACAGCAAAGCCAGAAGGGACCAAAUCCACGACUUUGUCCAGGGGUUUUUCCUUCAAACACGACACUGUCAAGACGGAAGACGACAUUUCAAGAGAUAUCAAGCAAGUCAAACAACGCCCUGUCUCUAUGUUCGUCAACACUGGAGCUGUGAAAGCGGCAGAAGUCAAGAAGCAAGAGGAGGCGCCGCUCAGUCCCACGGAGGAGGCCCAGAGGAGGCUCAUGCGGAUCUUCAACGCCCCUCUGCACACAGACCUCCCUAAGCCAGUCCCAGUCCAGGCCCCAGAGCCGCGGGGAGGCGUCCAGGGUUUCUGCUCCCGGGUGACAUGUCAGACUGGCUCAGUGGAGGAUGAACAGAUAGCCCUGCUCCAGAGCUCUCAUGCUGCAGCCGAUAGAUCACAGGUGAAGACAGAGGAGCAGAUCGCAGCCGAGAAGGACUGGUAUGGAUCCGAGAAGGUCUGGCUGGUGCACAAAGAUGGCUUCUCUCUGGCCACCGUAGUAAAGACCGAGGCCGGCGCUUUGCCAGAAGGAAAAGUGAAGAUCCGACUGGAGCACGAUGGAUCCAUCUUGGAUGUGGACGAAGACGAUAUUGAGAAGGCGAACCCUCCGUCGUUCGAUCGCUCCGAGGACCUGGCUUCUCUGCUUUACCUGAACGAGUCCAGUGUGAUGAACUGUCUGCGGCAACGAUACGGAGGGAACCUGAUCCACACCUACGCAGGACCCAACACUGUGGUCAUCAACCCCCUGAGCAUGCCCUCCAUGUACUCCGAGAAGGUGAUGCACAUGUUCAAAGGCUGCCGGCGCGAGGACAUGGCUCCACACAUUUACUCCGUGGCUCAGAGGGCGUACAGGAACCUGCUGACCACGCGGCAGGACCAGUCCAUCGUGCUCCUGGGGAAGUCCGGCAGCGGCAAAACCACCAACACCCAACACUUGGUGCAGUACCUGGUCUCCAUCGCAGGAAGCACUGGAAAGAUCUUCUCUGCGGAGAAAUGGCAGGCGGUCUACACCAUCUUGGAGGCGUUCGGAAACAGCUCCACGUCCAUGAACUCCAACGCCAGCCGCUUCUCUCAUGUUGUGUCUUUGGACUUCGAUCAAGCGGGACAGGUCUCCUCGGCCUCCAUACAGACCAUGUUACUGGAGAAGCUCAGAGUGAGUCGGCGUCCAGAGUCAGAAUCCACCUUCAACGUCUUCUACUUCCUGUUGUCUGGAGCAGACAGCAGCCUCAGAACGGAGCUCCAUCUAAACCACUUGGCGGAGAACAGCACUUUUGGGAUCCUUCCUCAGACCAAGGUACAAGUUCACAAAUAG